AUGCGCUGGGUUCGUGCCGCCUGGUGGGCCUGGGCCCUUGCGGCACCGGGCGUGGCCGUUGAGGUCAGCAGCCAGGAGUCGUGGGUGUCCAUUGACGGCGCCGGCGAUCUAACGAGGUGGCCCCACGGUCAUGGCGUUCACGCAGCGGAUCUUGCCAGCCACUGGGAAUCCGACAAGAAGAUGAUGAGGAGAAGCGAGAAAAGCUCGGAAAAGCCCGCGAGCGAGUGGUACCCGAACAGCGGACACCAGGCCCGCGCAUCACGACCGUCGUUUGAGAUUCCGAUCUCCGUGCUUCGGGACUUCGUGCUCGAAGAGCACCGUGCGAUCAGCAAUGCCACGGGCUCUGGAGGAGAUCUGAGGUGGGGGGCCUCGCAGAUCACCCGUGGCCCUGCGGGACCGAAGGGCGACAAGGGCGACAGGGGCCCGGCAGGUGGCGCAGGCAGAGCCGGAACAGCCGGCGCCAAAGGCGACAAAGGAGAGCCUGGUGCGAAAGGACCACCAGGGGAGCAGGGGCCCAUGCAGGACAUGAAGCCAGCUCCGGAGAAUCUUGCGUCCGUUGGAAUGGUGGGUGGCCUUAUCCUCUUCAACCUCAUAUCCGCCUGCACUGUCUAUGCUGUAGUCGCAGGAAAGCUCAAAAAGGGCGACGAGCAGAAAAAGAGCAUGGAAGAAGGUGCGCCCGAGGAGGGCGAAGAGUGGGGCGAGGAGGCGUGGGGCGAGGAGGCGUAUCCUGAAGAAGCUACUUAG